GAGUUUGGGAAGGAGGGAGACAACGCUCUCCAAUAUUAAGAAUUUUAAAUGCAGUACCAAUUUUAAACGCUCGGUGUCCUGUGCUCCUUCAAGCAGGGGCAGUGAUCGGGGCUGCACAUAACCAUAUGGACCCAUCAGGCCGGAAGACGCGGAAAUAAGUCGCAAUUUAUCGCAAAGGCUUAUUUUCUGUAAUUUCAUUCACAGUAUGUGGUAAAUAAGAAAAUAUGAAGUGUUGCGAAUGGCGGUAAUUAGAUUGUGGAUUUUGCGCUGAAUUCACACAUCGUGGAAUCGCAAAAACUUGAGGGACUGUAUGGUUAUUACCACUCGAUAUAUAUUCUUUUUUUGAUUUAAACGAUAUUCAUCCAGUCAAGCAAAACAAAUCGGUGAGAUAAUGUACGUAAUCUAAACCAAAUACGCUAUUCAUUGUAGUUAUUUAUCACCAUAUUACAAAGGAACAAAAAAACUAUUGAGAUUGUGACUGAAAAUAUACCAGAAUCAGAAGUUUUUUUCAAUGCUUAUGUCACGGAAGCCAUUCCACUAACUUUUUGAUUUUGACCGAGAUAUAUUUCUCUAAAAACGUCUAUGAGAAUCCCAUUUAUUUCGCCCAGAGUUGGGAUCGCUACUAGCAGGGGGCGACUCGAUUACUUUCCCUCCCUAUUGGAGGCUGCGACAACCUAAACUGUGAUGUCAGUUUCACUCUCCUUUCUCCUCUGUCAUUGGUGUUAAAUUCCCUGGCAUUAGAGGAAGUAGGCUUAAGAUAAACGUCUGGUGAAUACCUCCGCGAAUAACGAGGAACUGCCUAGUACAAACAACACCGUGAGAAGUGGACGCAAUGAUCCUCGACGGGUAUUCUGGUCACCUUGACAAGGAGACCAGGGCCAUUACAACUCCUGUAAAUACCUGGUCCUUCCAUGGGCAUUUAUCUGCCCCAGAAGAAACGACGGAAAGCUUUGGUCGUCAUCCUACUUCUUUGGCGUAUGUUGACUCGGAGAAAACGUUGAGAAGUGGAGAUGAAACAGCGUUGUCUGCCACACGGCAAGCCCCUGGCUACCAAGGAGUACGCGUCAAGAACACAGUAAAGGAAUUAAUAAUACAGAAGCGGCAUGGUGGCGACAUCCAGACACUUCCAGGACAAGAAACUGAAAGUGAAUACCCAGUUUUGACUUCCAUCCUGCAGGUGAAAAAAAGACCGUCAGUCAACACACUUGCCCCUGUUCAGCCCAAAAGACCUUCCACAAAUCACAACAAUAUAAUGUCCCUGCAGAGAUAUAAUAAUGUGAGCCCAGCCCUUCCUGAACUCAUGAUCAGUAUGCUGCAGCGCUCCCCUCUUUGCACAGACACUGUGAUGAUACAAGAUGGACCCUCUCCUCUCACCCUGCCACUCCUGGACAAUGAGAUCCUAACUCCAUUUCUUGCCAGUUCCAACCACUCCCUCUUUGCCCCAAGUUCUCAGACUCAAACUCCUGAAAGGACGUCUUCCUCACCCUUCCCAUAUAAAAUCUCCCAGUCGCCGCCACUCCUCCAAGAGAGCCCUACCCAAGUGUCUUUCUCCCAGUGGCCCCCACUCCUCCAAGAGAGCCCUACCCAAGUGUCUUUCUCCCAGUCGCCCCCACUCCUCCAAGAGAGCCCCACCCAAGUGUCUUUCUCCCAGUCGCCCCCACUCCUCCAAGAGAGCCCUACCCAAGUGUCUUUCUUCCACUGGCAGAUCCAGCAGGAGGGGGAGAAACUGGCAGGCAUGACCACUGAGCAGUUAACCUCACAGGAUGAGGACGGAGACACAUUCCUUCACAUUGCUGUGGCACAGGGCAGGAGGGCUCUGGCCUAUGUGCUGGCAAAGAAAAUGGCUGACAUCGGAGUGCUGGACCUGAAAGAACACAACAACCAGAGUGCACUCCAAGUGAGCGUGGUGGCCAAUCAGCACCUUAUUACUCAGGACCUGCUGUUUCUGGGGGCCCAGGUGAACACACUGGACGUGUGGGGCCGCUCCCCCCUGCAUGUCUGUGCAGACAAGGGCCACAUCCACACUCUAAAGGCCAUACAGAGAUGUAUGCAACGCAGCGGCCAGCAGAUACAUGUAGAAACUGUGAAUUAUGAUGGUCUGACUCCUCUACACACUGCUGUCCUAUCCCACAAUGCUGUGGUUCAGGAGCUGGCGCAGCGUGAGGGUCCCGUGUCCCUUCAAACGAUGGCGUUGGCACAGAAGAGAAAGCUGCUGCGGGAAUGCAUUCAAGUUCUGAUGGUGAUGGGGGCCUCUUAUGGGACAAAGGAGGGUAAAAGUGGACGCACAGCACUGCACAUGGCAGCUGAAGAAGCCAAUAUGGAGUUACUAUGCCUGUUUCUUGAGCAGCCACAGUCACUGUCUGUCAUUAACUUGAAGGCAUAUAAUGGGAACACAGCCCUGCAUGUAGCAAGUUCACUCCAAGGUCGUAUACUACAGGUGGAUGCUGUGAGGUUGCUGAUGCGUAGAGGAGCUGACCCCAGUGCCAAGAACCUGGAGAACGAGCAACCCGCUCAGCUUGUGCCAGAUGGAGAGAUAGGAGAACAGGUUCGUUGUAUCCUGAAAGGCCGUGGUAUACAGGUUCGGACAAGCCUUCUUUAGGUUUUGACUGCAAUCUUUCCUCAGAAACACUGUCAGUGAGACAGUCAGAUGUUUGUACAGUAACCAUUUGCUCACACAGGGCAGAUGUGAGUUGUUUCUAUGAAACAAACCCAUUAUUGUUUGCUACUAAGUAGUAGAUGGAGACAUAUGGACAGUUGUUUAGUUUGAAAUCCAAAAAAGGGGACAAGGAAAAUGUUAGAGAUUGAGCGAAAGACAUUGUACAUUUUCUAAAAGUUUAAAGUCCCCAUUCAGACAAAGUCUGAAGAGCUUUCCAAAUAUAGCCCCUUCUGGUUUAUAGAGAGAACUAUAAAUAGGCUUUGAGAAAACAUUUUGUUUAUUGGAUAAAACAUCAUUUUCCUUUUAUUACAAGACAACAAAUAUAUGCAGGAAUCUUAAAAUCAACUAGUUAGUGCAUUUUCAUGAAAAUCUCAAAGGUCUGAGUUGUAUUCAGUAGCAUUCUUCUUGUAUAGUCUCUGUAUCAGCGUUCAAGUUUCCAGGUGCUUGAGCAGUGAAUCAGAGGAACCCAAGCUUUUUCUUUUUUUUUUUUUUAAGUUGAUACAAAUAUGAUUAAAACGUGAUCAACUGUAUGCAAUAGGUUCAUCAAUAGGUUUUUUUUACUAAAGUUUUGGGAUUGGGAUCUGAGAUUGUGGUGGUGUGCUUAUAUAAAUGUAAUCUUUGAGGGUGGAGGUCAGAGUGUCUCAGAAAGUUUUAGACAUAAAGAGACAUUGAAUGAUGUGUAUUGAGGUAUUGUAGGGAUGAGUAGAGCUGUGUAAGACUUUGAACACGUAUCUUAUUGCUGUGAGCUUAACUGAGUAAAAGUAAAAGUUCUUAAAGUACAUUUUCUAAAUAAAUAAUGAUUUAUUAUUAUUGUUAUUUAGUAAAUGUUAAUAAUGAAUGAAUAAUUGUAUUCAACAGUUCCUUAAUUGUGGUGGAGGGAAUUACACACUUAUACAUUGUAUGCUUGUAUUGCUUUUUUCAUUGACACCCAAAUAAAAACAUUGAAGAAAGACA